AUGGGGAAAGGAGUCCAUGUCGUGUUGGUGGUACGCUCAAACCGAAUUCUCCCACAUAAUAAGGAACCCGCCUUCGCUCGCGGCAUUGCGGCUGCGCGCGAACGCUUUGAGGUCUGUGUGACUCUGGGAUGCCAGCGCCCCGUUGGACGGGAGCCGACGGAGAGCAAGGCGUGCCAUUCCCACAAUUCCUCCUCGCGAACAGUGUUCGCCUGGCGCGCUCACCCGCAGGCUUUGGAGAAGCUGCCUCACAGCUGGACAUACCUAAUUUUCAAUUCCCCCCCGUCGCUGUACUUAAGUCCUCGUCCCACGCCGGCACUGUUGUUUGCCUGCGGCCCCCCUGGACUGCUGCCCAUUGCCAUGCUGAGAGUGUCGUCCUACCGUCGGCUGUUCGAGGAUGAGCACUGGGGCGGCCUGCAGCUCCACUCCUCGGCCAGAGGUGAAGCAACAGAAUACCAGUGGGGGGAGCCAGACUUCGAAGCUGCCCAUGCUCUGAACAGGGAGGCUUUGUCUAGAUUUAAAUCAGAACGUGCCCUGAUUGCUGCCCUCAAUGACCGGCUGGCCCUCCUCAUUGACACGGCGCGGUGCCUUGAGGAGGAGAAUGAGUCUCUGGAGGCCCAGAUCCUGCAGCUGGAGGGGAGGCUGAGCAGCGCAGAGGCCCACGCUUCUGCCCGGGGUCCUGACGGUGGCCUGGAGGCGGUGGUGGAGCGACUGCGCAGAGAGAAGGAGCAGAUCCUGUUGGACAUCGCCAGGCUGAAGGGGGAGCUGGAGCUUCUGCAGGCGCAGUACGAGGAGGCGGUCGAGCAACGGACGCUCGUCAACCUGGAGAGGGAGGACGUUGCCCUGGAUGUUGACGCAUUGACUGCAGAGUGCCUGGCCCUGAAGGAGCAAGUGGCCAUCUAUGAAGAGCAGCUCGCCUCGAUGCAGGUGGAGCAGGAGACGUCAUUAGGUGCGGUGACCCCUGCCGCCACCCCAGUUAAGAAGCAGCGUGCCGCUAGGCCGGAGGCUGUAGUCAGUGCGGCACAGAUGGGACCGGGGCUCGGCGCUGGCCGGGUGUCACCACGAGUGACUGCGGAAGCAAAGCGGGGCGCCAGGCGACUCUCCCUCGCUCUCUCGGCCUCCCCUCCGCUGACAGACAUCCUCCUAUGUGAUCAGGGGGCCGAGGGCAGGGUUGAGACUGUGGCUGAACCUGCUCCUGUUGUUUCCCUGGUGUCCCUGGAGUUCCCAAGCCCUGACGUCACCCCUGCAAUCCAUGACCUCAAGGAUUACUUCCGCCAGCUGGCCGCCAGCCUGCAGGCGAAGGCGGCGGUUGCCAUCACUGCGGGGCAGCCGAGGGCGGGAGAGGCGGCUGCAGCUCUUGGAGUCGGACUGACGGGCGGCCCUGCGGCGGCGGAGCACGACGCGCUGAUGAAACAGGAGCUGCAGAGAGAGCUGGAGGAGCUGGAGCAGUAUUUUGAGGAGCUGAAGGAGAAGAUCAGGCAGAGAAGAGCUGAUCACCUGGAGGAGAUGGAGGAGCUGGAGGGCUACAUGGCGGAGCUGGAGCAGGCUCAGGCGGAGCUGCAGGCACAGAUGAGGGAGCAGUGUGCAGACUACGAGGAGCUGCUCAGUGAGAAGAUGGCCCUGGAUAUUGAGAUCACUGCCUACAGGGGAUUGGUGGAAGAGGAGGAAGAGAGGCUGCACUUCCUGUAA